AUGGGUGACGAACACAGUAACGACACUUCGAUAAUAUGUUACGCCCCAAGCAUGAUCACCACCAAUGGUGUUUGGCAAGGAGACAAUCCUCUCGAUUUCUCUUUGCCUCUCUUUGUUCUUCAGCUUACAUUGGUCGUUCUUGUCACUCGCUUUUUCGUCUUUGUACUCAAGCCCUUUCGCCAACCUCGUGUUAUCUCCGAGAUCCUUGGAGGAAUCGUGCUAGGGCCAUCUGUGCUUGGUCGCUAUUCAAAAUUUGCAAACACAGUGUUCCCUCAGAGAAGUGUGAUGGUACUUGAGACAAUGGCUAACGUUGGUUUACUUUACUUCCUUUUCUUGGUGGGUGUAGAGAUGGACAUUAUGGUUGUACGCAAGACAGGGAAGCGAGCACUAACCAUAGCUAUUGGUGGUAUGGUCUUACCAUUCCUCAUUGGUGCUGCUUUCUCUUUCUCCAUGCAUAGAUCAGAUGACCAUUUAGGUCAAGGCACAUACAUACUCUUCCUCGGUGUAGCUCUCUCUGUUACCGCAUUCCCGGUUCUUGCAAGAAUUCUUGCUGAGCUCAAGCUCAUACAUACAGAGAUUGGUCGGAUAUCUAUGUCAGCAGCACUGGUCAACGAUAUGUUUGCUUGGAUUCUCUUGGCCUUAGCCAUUGCAUUGGCAGAGAGUGAGAAAACUUCAUUUGCUUCCCUUUGGGUCAUGAUCUCUAGUGCAGCUUUCAUCGCCACUUGUGUCUUUGUUGUCAGACCAGGCAUUUCUUGGAUCAUAAGGAAAACCCCUGAGGGAGAGAACUUUAGUGAGUUCUACAUAUGUCUCAUCUUGACAGGAGUUAUGAUCUCAGGUUUCAUUACCGAUGCAAUCGGAACACAUUCUGUCUUUGGAGCUUUUGUGUAUGGUCUCGUGAUCCCAAAUGGACCUCUUGGUCUUACCCUUAUAGAGAAGCUUGAAGAUUUUGUCUCUGGACUUCUCUUACCUCUCUUCUUUGCCAUAAGUGGUCUAAAGACUAACAUAUCUUCCAUUCAAGGCCCUGCCACUUGGCUAACUUUGAUGCUCGUUAUCUUCCUCGCCUGUGCGGGUAAAGUCAUUGGUACUGUUAUCGUUGCGUUUUUCCAUGGAAUGCCACUUCGUGAAGGAAUCACUCUUGGUCUUCUCUUGAACACUAAAGGUCUUGUUGAGAUGAUAGUCCUCAACGUUGGCAAAGAUCAAAAGGUUUUAGAUGAUGAGACGUUUGCUACAAUGGUGCUUGUGGCCUUGGUUAUGACUGGUGUCAUUACACCUAUCGUAACAGUCCUUUACAGACCAGUGAAACGUUCUGUUUCUUACAAGAGACGGACGAUCCAACAGACGAAGCCAGACAGCGAGCUUAGAGUUCUUGUUUGUGUCCACACACCGCGUAAUGUUCCUACUAUAAUCAACCUUCUUGAAGCUUCACAUCCCACCAAGAGAUCUCCUAUAUGUAUCUACGUUCUCCAUCUUGUUGAGCUCACAGGACGAGCAUCCGCAAUGCUUAUUGUCCACAACACUCGGAAAUCAGGACGACCGGCUCUUAACAGGACACAAGCUCAGUCAGAUCACAUCAUCAAUGCCUUUGAGAACUAUGAACAACAUGCUGCUUUUGUCGCUGUACAACCUUUGACAGCGAUUUCGCCUUACUCGACGAUGCAUGAAGAUGUUUGUAGCUUAGCAGAGGACAAACGUGUCUCCUUUAUUAUCAUACCAUUCCACAAACAACAAACUGUGGAUGGAGGAAUGGAAGCAACCAAUCCAGCUUACCGUUUAGUCAACCAGAACUUACUCCAAAACUCUCCUUGCUCCGUUGGGAUACUUGUGGACAGAGGACUCAAUGGAGCCACAAGAUUGACCUCAAACACUAUCUCUCUCCAAGUAGCUGUUCUGUUUUUCGGUGGACCAGAUGAUAGAGAAGCCUUAGCCUAUGCUUGGAGAAUGGCUGAACAUCCAGGCAUCACGUUAACCGUGCUGCGGUUUAUCCCUGACGAAGAUGUAAUAGAAGCAGCUUCUACACGUGGAGAGACUGAGCAAAAGCUGGACAUGAAGAAGCAAAGACAGCUUGAUGAUGAUUACAUCAAUGCCUUCAAGUUGGCAAAUGCGGAGUACGAGUCGAUUGUGUUUAUAGAAAAAGUGGUUAGCAAUGGAGAGGAGACGGUUGCGGCAGUGAGGUCAAUGGAUAGCUCUCAUGAUUUGUUUAUAGUUGGAAGAGGAGAAGCAAUGUCGUCUCCUCUCACAGCUGGUUUAACUGAUUGGAGUGAGUGUCCUGAGCUUGGUGCAAUUGGAGACUUGCUUGCUUCAUCAGACUUUGCAGCUACUGUCUCGGUUCUUGUGGUUCAGCAGUAUGGUGGAUCAUGGGCGCAAGAAGAUGAUAUGGAUUUGCCUGAGAGUCCUGUAACCUCACAUGAACAACCAAAGGCCACACAUGCUUUAGAAAAUCCACGUUAG